AUGGAAGAGCAGAAGUGGCUGUUAAGGCUGCUAAACGCAUUAUUCACAACAACUGCUCGUCAGAUGGUUGGUGGGCUUAACACUGAUACGGCUGCUCGCGCCAUACUCCAGUAUCGUAACACUCCAUUACCAGAUAUCAAGCUGAGUCCUGCCCAAAUUUUGCUUCACCAUCAACUAUGUGACUGUAUUCCAGCCCAUCCCGAUCACUAUCAGCCCCAUAAGGAGUGGGACCUUACAGCCGAGGAGCGUGAAAUAGCACUCGGCAAGCGAAAUCACAUCCUGGUCAAGAACCAUGAUGCUACAGCACGCAAGCUUCAGCCCCUUGUUCUUGGCACCAAUGUGGUCGUGCAAGGGGAAACCAAGAGAUGGGAGCAUACUGGCAGAAUCGUAGAAGUGUUACCCUAUCGGCAGUAUAGAAUUAGAAUGUUUCAUUCUGGAAGAGUGAUCCUCAGAAAUAGGCAAUUCCUUCGCGAAUACACAACAAUCCACCCAGAAGAUAUUCACCCCUUGUCCAUCUACUCCUGCUCUUGA